AUGGAAUUGAUUAACUCAAUGAGUUCAAAACGGGCAAGACAAGUAGAGAUAUUCAAGAGGUUUGCACACGUAAUUGAUGAAGAUCAAAAACGCUUACCUCCAUAUGAAUAUGAACUUACCGACGCCGACCAAUUUCAAGAGAAGACUGGGGAUCUUAUAUUAACUUAUAAUGACUUCAUACAUUUGAUUACUAGCUCUCAGUCAUUGCAUUCUGCAUUUACAGAUCAUUCAUUUAAUUUGAAUAUUAUUCCGAAUGCUACAUUUGGAUGUAUUUUUUUUGCUUUGGACACAGAUAAUAAAGGUUAUUUGACUAUAAAUGAUUGGUUUCACUUUAAUAAUUUAUUGGCAUUCGAUAAUUAUCAAUAUAUAUUACUCUUUGAAUUUUUUAAGAAAUUCGAUAAAGCAUUUCUAGAAAGAGAAGGUAUUAAAAUGAAUGCUAUAAAUUAUGGUGAUAAAUCUUUAAGUUUUGAUAACUUAUUAAUUAAUUUUAAUCAAUUGAAACAUGUAUUGAAUUUUCUUCAAGAUCAAGUUUUAAGAAAUAGCGACAAGGAUGCUCACAUUGACUUUAUCAGAAGAAACAAGUUAGUGCUAGAUUGGAACAAUUUACCAUUUUUGAAGUAUUAUGAAUACUACUGUGAUGGUAAGAGAUUAGGUUUGCCAAUGAAUGAUGUUUUACCUUAUAUUUCAUUAAAUUCAAUGAUUACAAUGAUGCAAAACGAUUUAAAAAAUGAGAAAUUACGAUUAGGUUUUGAAAAAUUAUCACAUGCAGAUAAAAGAUUUAAUAAUACUUUAACGAUUAAUAAAAAUCAAUUGGUCUAUUUAUUAAAACUAUUUUUUGCUCAUAGAAUUUCUCAAGAUGUUUUUGAUUCAUUAAAUUUCACAAAUAAUUCAUUGAUAUCUUCAGAUAACAAUCAUAUCACAUAUAAUGUCAUAAAAGAUAUUUUUUACUUAUUUCAACAUUUUGACUUGCUGAACCAGGCAUUGGUUAAAUAUGUGACGGUAAAUGAUUUAUCCGAUUCAGCUUUAAGGGAACAUGAGAUUUCAAAACAGGUUUUAAAUGAAAUUUUAAAUUGUAAAUAUAACAAAGUUAACAAUAUUAUUCAAUUUUCACCUUCACAAAUAAAUAUUUUAUUUUCUGUAGUAGCUAAUGCAAAACAGAAAAAUAAAAAGAAGACUAAAGGUGAAAUUAAACAUCAUCACAAAGAUUCACAUAUUGAUGAUUUCAUUAGUAACGAAUAUUCACAUGGUAAUAAUAUAUCAAAAAGACAGUUAGAAAUUUUUAACGCCUAUUAUCAAGACAUGGCUAAUGCAGUUGAUGAUGAAGAAGAUAUAUAUUGUGAUAAAGACGAUAGAGGAAACAACGGCUUUCUUGAAUUUGUUUUACAGUUCUAUUCUUCAGGUAAUAUUGGUCAAAAUGCUACAAAGGGAAACUAUUUGACCAUUGAGGAUUUCAUGAAAAUUAUCAAUCCUAAUUAUUUAAACAAUUUAGUUCAUUCCAUGGAAAUUAAACGGUUACAACAAAAUUCGUUAUAUUCUACUUACUAUUUUUUUCCAAUCUUUGAUUCCUUAUAUAAUUUUGGUUUGGGCUCUAUCGCCGGUUGUAUUGGAGCAACAAUUGUUUAUCCUAUUGAUAUGGUAAAAACUAGGAUGCAAGCACAAAGAGCAGUAUCACGGUAUACUAGUUAUUUUAAUUGUUUUACCAAAAUUAUUUCUCGUGAAGGUUUUAAAGGUUUAUAUUCUGGUAUUGGUCCUCAACUUGUUGGUGUAGCACCUGAAAAAGCCAUUAAAUUGACAGUGAAUGAUUUCAUGAGAAAUAAAUUAACAGAUAGUAGAACUGGUAAAAUACAUAUAAAUAAUGAAAUACUUUCUGGUGCCACCGCAGGUAUGUGCCAAGUUAUUUUUACUAACCCUUUAGAGAUCGUGAAAAUUCGAUUGCAAGUUAAAUCAGAGUACGCAACUACAGCAGCAAAAGAUAUCACAGCUAUAUCUAUAGUUAGACAGCUCAGGGUGACGGGUUUAUAUAAAGGUGUUGUUGCAUGUUUAUCAAGAGAUGUUCCAUUCUCAGCAGUUUAUUUCCCAACAUAUUCUCAUAUUAAAAAAGAUAUUUUUAAUUUUGAUCCUUGUGAUAAAACUAAAAAACACAGUUUGAAAACAUGGGAACUACUACUGGCUGGUGCUUUAGCAGGUAUGCCAGCUGCAUUUCUGACCACACCAUUUGAUGUCAUAAAAACAAGAUUACAAAUGGAUCCACGUAAGGGUGAAACUAAAUACAAUGGCAUAUUUCAUGCAGCACAAACCAUUCUAAGAGAAGAAAGUUUUAAAAGUUUCUUCAAAGGUGGAGGUGCACGAGUGCUAAGAAGUUCACCACAAUUCGGUUUUACUUUAGCUGCAUAUGAAAUGUUUAAGAACUUAUUUCCAAUGUCACAAGAUGGUCACAUAGGCAGUAAUAAUAUAAAUUCAAACCAACCAUUAUCUGGACCUUCUAAUACUGCCAACAAAGAUGAAAUUCCAUCAAUUACAAGUUCAUUUAAGAAUGUUGCCAAUGCACAAAAUUCAUCCGUCCGAAUACAAUCAUCAUUAUUAAGAGAUGUUGUUGAUCCAUACAGUAAUACAUACGUGAAUUAUUAUUAUAAAAGUUGUGAAAUUGCAAAAGUAUUUCUAGAUCUUGACAAUAAUUUUUCAAGUUUCGAUAGUAACAUGUACUAUCGAUUUUAUGACGAAAUUAAAAAUUCUCAACAAUAA